CAUGAUACUUUGUUGAGUGGUGGCGACCAGCUGCCUCCGUAGCUUUGCGGCUGUGGCGCCUCUCCCACCCCACGUGAGAAGGGAUUUAGGGGAGGCUGCUGAGGACGGUUGGGGGAAGUCGGGGAAGUGAGGUGUGUUCACAAAGUCCGUGGCGGCAAGUUACAGGUCAUGGUUUAGUGUUAUUAAUGAUGUUUUCUCCCAGUGUUAUGGCCGCUUGAAUACACAUACACAGGAGCAGUCAUCGCGUAAACCUGCAAAUGCAUACCAUAAAGUCUCGGGGAGGGGAUUAAGGGAAUAAAAAGCCACGUGCUGAAAAUUAUACCUUUCACAAGAAACAUAUCUAUUUUUUUUGACACGAAUUUAUUUUAAUCUUCAGUCUAUUAAUGUUAUGCCUUUGUUGUUUGCUUGUAUGGUGCUGGCGUGGUGUGCGGGGACGAGCGUCAGAUGCCAGACGCAGGAGAUCGAUGUGAGGCAGGAGGAUCGGCUCCGCUGGCCUGGCGGCGUCGUACACUACAGCAUCAGUGGAAACUUUACUCUUAAGCAGGAUGAGUGGAUCCGCGGGGCCAUGAAUAUGAUUGAGCAGCAAACGUGCAUCAUAUUCGAGGAGCGCCCCCGCACCAGCGACUAUCAGCCUCCGAAAACUUUGUACAUAAUGACUGGAUGCGGGUGCACCUGCAAGGUGGGCUACCAUCGCUACGGAUCCGUGCUGAGGCUUCACCAGCAAUGCUUCAAGAGGAUUGGCCACGUGGUGCACGAACUCCUUCACGCUCUCGGCGUCAGGCAUGAGCACCAGCGGUUUGACAGAAACUAUUACAUCCACAUUAACCAGACGGCCAUCAGGACGCCCUACAUCAGAAAUUUCUUCAGACGCAGGAGGCGCGUGAGCUAUGUUUGCAACGCAGGUCUUCCUUACGACUACGGCAGCAUCAUGCACUAUCCCAUGAUUGGGUUUUCUAAAAGCAGAACUCAGCCCAUUAUCUUUCCGAUCGUGCCCUGCGCGCGGGUCGGGCAGCGCAAGAGGAUGUCUCCUUCAGACGUGGCCCGCGUCAACCGCCUGUACGCCUGCUCAGACCGGUAUCUAGGCGACGACAUCCCGGGCGCCGUGCCCUACAUGGAGUGGCAGCGACACGUGCAGAAGCUGAGGCGCCUCGAGACUCACAGUAAGUGUCGGCCGCCCUGCCGACUCGUUUCUUCCCUUCACCACAGCACUCCACAAUACUCGUAGCUGCUGCAGUAAGUACGUAUUUUCAUUUUUACGAUAACCAAGAAUAUUAAACUAAA